AUAUACUCCGUAUUUGGCAGAACACAGAUACAUCUAGUGAGAGAAACAAGAAGAACAAGAACAGGAAGAAGGCAUGAUUCAGAGGAAAAUCAGGAGGAGCUCUCAGGAAAGAUCUGAUCUAUUUGAUGGGUUACCUGACGAUAUUCUCCUCUCCAUCCUUUGUAAACUCAGUUCCACCGCUCGCUGCCCUUCCGAUUUCAUCAGUAUUCUCCUAACAUGCAAAAGACUGAACCGAUUAGGUAUUCAUCCUCUGGUUUUAUCCAAAUCCGGUUCGAAAGCAUUCGCCAUCGGAGCCAAAAACUGGUCGGAGCAAGCUCACCGGUUUAUGAAACUGUGCGUCGCCGCCGGCAGCGUCGAAGCCUGUUAUACUCUUGGAAUGAUCCGAUUUUACUGUCUACAAAACCGAGGAAGCGGGGCGUCUCUAAUGGCAAAGGCGGCGAUUAGAUCUCACGCGCUGUCACUCUACUCCCUCGCCGUGAUUCAGUUCAACGGCAGCGGCGGCUCGAAGAAUUCGAAGGACCUCCGCGCCGGCGUCGCCCUCUGCGGCCGCGCCGCCUACCUCGGCCACGUCGACGCGAUACGAGAGCUCGGUCACUGCCUCCAAGACGGCUACGGCGUCCGCCCCAACGCCGCCGAGGGACGGCGGCUCCUCGUCCAGGCCGCCGCGCGCGAGCUCGGGUCCGUCCUGCGCGACGUCGCGCCCUCAGCCCUCCACGCUCUUACGUGGCAGUUGCAAAACAAGAAACCCCAACGGAAUAGUAACCUCUCGUUGCUGAGUGAAUUCGGGUUAAAUAACUUGAAUGCGACGUCAAUGGAGGCCCACCCGGUGAACCGGUUUUUGACGGAGUGGUUCGGGUCGUUCGAUCCGGGCUCGGGCAAGGGGAUGAGGAUGUGUUCGAACUCGGGCUGCGGGCGACCCGAGACGAGGAGGAAUGAGUUCCGGAGGUGCUCCGCCUGUGGGGCGGUGAAUUAUUGCUCACGUGCGUGUCAGGCGCAGGACUGGAAGAUGCGGCACAAGGGGGAGUGUUCGCCUGUGGACCCGCUUGUUGUAGACGUUGCGGGCGCGGACCCUUUGAUCGUGAACCUCGACGGCGACGAUGACGGUGUCGGAGAUGAUCGGACCGGUGAGGCUGGAGGGGAUGGCGGUGGGCCCGUUGAGUGAGUUGUGGGAUUUGAUGAGGUGUUUUGUGAGCAGUGGAAUAUGGAUCUCGGUUGUGAUGACGGUGAUGGAGGGGAUCGGACGGAUGAGGUUGGAAGUAGGGGUUGUGUGUGGGCCAGUGGAUGAGAAUGGGAAUUGGGGAAUUCCAAAAGCAAAAACGUUUCUUUUGAAAUUGUUAGUGUUGAUGAUUGGUAAGUUCCCCUUUUUGGCCAUUUUUUUAACGGCAACAUGAUCUAGGGGAGGGGGUGUUCUGUAGUUCCGCAGUGCACGUUCAUCGUGAUCUCAACCACUUUUGAAUAAUUGAAUCUUUGACCGACAAGUCACAUAGUAAAUAUGUCGUUCUCGUGAAUUUUAAUAGUUUAAAAUAUAUUUUUUCAAUUCU